AUGAAGUACAUUCAAACUGACCAAGUUUUGGACAUCCCAGAAGGUGUUACCGUUAACAUCAAGUCGAGAGUUAUCAAGGUUACUGGUCCAAGAGGCACCUUGGAGAAGAACUUGAAGCACAUUGAUGUCACCUUCACCAAGGUGUCCAAUAAGCAAAUCACCAUCACUGUCCACAACGGUGACAGAAAGCAUGUUGCUGCUUUGAGAACUGUCAAGUCGUUGAUCUCCAACAUGAUCACUGGUGUCACCAAGGGCUACAAGUACAAGAUGAGAUAUGUGUACGCGCAUUUUCCCAUCAACGUCAACGUUGUCGAGAAGGACGGCGAGAAGUUCAUUGAGAUCAGAAACUACUUGGGUGACAAGAGAGUUAGAGCUGUGCCUGUCAGAGAGGGCGUCAGCGUCGAGUUCUCCACCAACCAGAAGGACGAGAUUGUUUUGUCCGGUACCUCCAUCGAAAACGUUUCUCAGAACGCUGCUGACAUCCAGCAAAUCUGCCGUGCCAGAAACAAGGAUAUCAGAAAGUUCUUGGACGGUAUCUACGUUUCUGAGAAGGGUGUCAUUGCCGAGGAAGCCUAA